AUGUUUUACAAUGUUGAUAUCUUUGUUGUUUGGGUCACAGAGAUCCAAACAGCCGGGAUCACCGUCCCUGUCAUCCCUGGCCUCAUGCCCAUCCAAUCCUGGGCCCAGUUCAAAAGGGUCACCAAUUUCAUCAACACAGUUGUCCCUCAAUACUUCUCAGAUAAGCUUGAGCCCAUCCAAUCUGACGAUCAAGCUAUUCUGUAA